AUGGUGGUCUCGACAACCUUUCCGACUGUCGAUAAAUGUUCAUCAAUUGACCGCGAAAAGGAUACGGUGGUGGCGGACAUGGACGGAACGCUGCUUAGAGGGCGUAGCUCUUUUCCAUAUUUUGCACUCAUAGCGUUUGAAGCCGGUGGCGUUUUUAGGCUUCUUUUCUUGCUUUUGGCUACCCCUUUAGUUGGAGUUCUCUACUACUUUGUUUCCGAAAACGCAGGGAUCCAGGUGCUUAUCUUCGCCACGUUCGCCGGAAUGAAGGUGUCGAGCAUAGAAUCCGUGGCACGCGCCGUCCUGCCGAAGUUCUACACGGGGGACCUCCACCCGGAGUCGUGGCGCGUGUUCUCGUCGUGCGGGGGGGCACGGUGCGUGCUAACGGCGAACCCGACGGUGAUGGUGGAGGCGUUCCUGAAGGACUUCCUGGGCGCCGACAUGGUGUUGGGGACGGAGAUUUCGACGUGGAAGGGAAGGGCUACCGGGCUGGUGAAGAAGCCCGGUGUGCUGGUUGGGAAGAACAAAGCCGAUGCGUUGAAGAAGGCUUUUGGGGAGACUCGGCCGGAGAUUGGGUUGGGUGAUCGCCACACGGAUGCCCCCUUCAUGGAGCUUUGCAAGGAAGGAUACAUUGUUCCUCCAAAUCCAAAGGUGAAAGCAGUAACCAUAGACAAGCUUCCCAAACCGGUCAUCUUCCACGACGGGCGGCUAGUGCAAAAGCCCAACCCUAUCGUCGCUCUUCUCACCAUUCUUUGGAUUCCGGUCGGCUUCUUCCUCGCAUGUCUGAGAAUCGCCGCCGGCUCCCUCCUCCCCAUGCCCCUCGUCUACUACGCCUUCUGGGCACUCGGCGUCCGCGUCACCGUCAAAGGCACUCCGCCGCCGCCGCCAGCGGCCCACAAUGGCCGCUCCGGCGUCCUCUUCAUUUGCUCUCACCGGACUCUCCUCGAUCCCAUCUUCCUCUCCGCCGCCCUCGGCCGCCGCAUCCCCGUCGUCACCUACUCCGUCUCCCGCCUCUCCGAGCUCAUCUCGCCCAUCAAAACCGCCCGCCUCUCCCGCGACCGCGCUGCCGACGCGUGCAUGAUCACGCGCCUCCUCAAAGACGGCGACCUCGCCAUCUGCCCGGAGGGGACCACCUGCCGUGAACCGUUCCUGCUCCGGUUCUCCUCGCUCUUCGCCGAGCUGACCGGCGAGCUGGUCCCCGUCGCGAUGGUGAACCGGAUGAGCAUGUUCCAUGGCACGACGGCGCGUGGCUGGAAAGGGAUGGACCCCUUCUACUUCUUCAUGAACCCCAGCCCCGCGUACGAGGUCACGUUCUUGAACAAGCUCCCGCCGGAGCUGACAUGUCACUCCGGCAAGUCUAGCCACGAGGUGGCAAACUAUAUACAGAGGGUUAUCGCGGCGACUCUUUCAUAUGAAUGCACUACUUUUACCAGGAAAGAUAAGUACCAAGCUCUCGCCGGUAACGAUGGCACGGUGCCGGAGAAACCCCGGAUUAAGGCUAACAAUAUCAUGGGCUGCUGAUGUCAAUUAAUCUUUAAUUAUAUCAUGUAACUUUCUCCGUUGUAAUCUAUACAUAAAGUAAAA